CCGGACCCCGGGACCGCACCAUGAGGGCCUGGAUCUUCUUUGUGCUCUGCCUGGCCGGGAGGGCCCUGGCCGCCCCCCAGCAGGAGGCCCUGCCUGAGGAGACGGAGGUGGUGGAGGAGCCCGCGGCCGAGGUGCCCGUGGGGGCCAACCCCGUGCAGGUGGAGGUAGGAGAAUUCGAAGAAGGUGUCGAGGAAGCUGAAGAGGAGGUGGCGGCUGAAAACCCCUGCCAGAACCACCACUGCAAGCACGGCAAGGUGUGCGAGCUGGAUGAGCGCAACAUGCCCCUGUGCGUGUGCCGGGACCCCAGCAGCUGCCCCCCGCCCGCCGGCGAGUUUGAGAAGGUGAGCGCGGGGCGGCUCCGGACCUCUGCGCCCGGUCCGCUCGGAGAAGCUGCGGGCGGGGCCGGGAGCCGAGCGCGGGGCCACAGGGGCCGGGUCCACCCGGACCCCUGCCAGAACCACCACUGCAAGCACGGCAAGGUGUGCGAGCUGGACGAGCGCAACAUGCCCCUGUGCGUGUGCCGGGACCCCAGCAGCUGCCCCGCGCCCGCCGGCGAGUUUGAGAAGGGGCCGGGAGCCAAGCGCGGGUCCACAGGGGCUGGGGCCACAGGGGCCGGGUCCACCCUGGUCGGGUCCACAGGGGCUGGGUCCACUCGGGUCGGGUCCACAUGGGCCGGAAGCCGAGUGCGGGUCCACAGGGGCCGGGUCCACCUGGGUCAGGUCCACAUGGGCUGGGGCCACACGGGCCGGGGCCACACAGGUCCAGUCCACACGGGCCGGGGCCACAGGGGCCGUGUCCGCACGGGUCGAACCCGAGGCGGCAAACCUCCAGCUCAGUGGCCGCCGCACUCGCCGGCCAGCGGCAGGGGCGUGGCUCCGCCCGGGCUGUGCGGCGCUGGCGCCGACUCCGACAGCACUCACCCCGGCAUCUCGCAGCCCCACUGGUCACCGUCCUCCAGCCGCCACCCCGCCAGCCACCCGUGUCACCACAAGGCCACACGCGCAGUCGUCCAUCCACCUUCCCCCGUCAUCCACCCGCCCGCCCGCCCACGCACCCGUCAGUCGUGUCUCCCGCACCCUGCACCCACGGUCCGCCCCCCCGCGCCCCUGCAGGCUGCUGUGCUCUCGCCCCCGCGGGGGCAACACCCCGGCCAGCGUCUUUCCACAGUCCGCCACCCGGACUGCCCAAGACCUUAUCCCUGGGGUGCACAUUUUGGCAUCCCUCCGGUCAUCUACAGCCUGGUGCCCGGCACCACGCCCGAGAGCAACCGCGACGGCGUCUUCGCCCUGGACAGCGGCACGGGGCUCCUGAGGGUGCAGAAGGCCCUGGACUACGAGUCCACCAGGUGGUACCAGCUGGACCUGGUGGCCCGCCGCCCCCACAACGGCACCUACCUGGCCUCCCUGGUCUCGGUCAGCAUCCAGGUGGGGGACGUCAACGACAACAGGCCGGAGUUCGAGGCCGACCCCUACACGGCCGUCCUCGCGGAGAACAUGCCCGCGGGGACCUCGGUCGUCCAAGUGACCGCCGGGGACCGGGACACCGGCGACGCCGGCCGGGUGGGCUACCGGCUGCCCGCCGGCCCCGGCAGCGACGUCCACGGGCUCUUCGCCGUCGACAGGGAGACGGGCUGGGUCACCACCCUGCGCGAGCUGGACUGCGAGGCCCGCCGGGCCUACCGCUUCUACGUGGAGGCCCACGACCACGGCCGGGACGUCCAGCUGUCCUCCCGGGUCCUGGUGGAGGUCGCCGUGACGGACGAGAACGACAACCCCCCGCGGUUCGCCGCUGAGGCCCACCGGGGGUCCGUGGUGGAGAACGGCGAGCCCGGGGAGCUCGCGGCCACCCUGCGGACGCUGGACGCCGACGUCUCAGCUCCUCACUGGCCGCCGCCUCUGGCCUCCUCAGGGGUCCUAUACGUGGACAGCAGCCUGGAUUUCGAGACCAGCCCCGUGUACUUCCUGUCCUUCGAGUGCAGCCGGCUGGGUGCCGCCCCCAUCAGCGACGUGGCCACGGUCGUGGUCAACAUCACAGACGUGAACGAGCACCGGCCACGUUUCCCCCGGGCCACAUACCACGCGAGGGUGCUGGAGAGCGCCACGGCGGGGGAGCUGGUGCUCACGGGCAGCCGGGGUGGGGACAUUGACGGCACCCCGUGCACCCCGACGGGUCGCCGAGGGGUGCGGCCGGGCUCCAGGCCCGGCUCCUCACCGGGGCUCCAUGCGGGCGUGUCUGCGUCGGACGAGGACGGGCCCCUGAACAGCGCCGUCACCUACAGCCUCGUGGGGGGCAACCGGCUGGGCCACUUCACCGUCCACCCCGAGAAGGGGGAGCUCCGGGUGGCCAGCGCCCUGGACUGGGAACAGGCCGCGGCCGCCGUCGAGCUCAGCCCCCGGGAGCCCGGCCAGACGGAGCCCAGCAAGGCUGCCGGGCCCGGGGAGCUGGUCACCUUCAGACCCAGCUCCAAGCAGCGGCCAGUGGUCUGCAGCGUGCCGCCCCGGCUCCCGCCCGCUGCGCUGCCCACCCUCAAGAAGACCUGGUCUGGCGAGCACGUGGGCGCGGCGGAGGCGGCGCCCGUGGGCGCAGGAAGCUCCGCGGGCAGAGGCAGCUCAGAGAGCCAGGCGGCUCCUGCCCGUCGGCUGCUCGCGCGCCUGGACACCCCAGCGCUGAGGCUCCCGCGGCUGGAGCCCGGGCAGGAGGGCGCCGCGCCCCACACAGCCCUGGCCUCUGCGCUGGGCUGCCCAGCCGGGCUGCGGCACCAGGGCUGGGCGACGCGUGCCCACAAGGGAGGACACCCUGUGGGCGUGAGGGGGCUCCCGGGCGGCAGCCGCCCGGGCUAG